UUUACAAAUAUGAAGUUAUUUCUAGCUUACCUGCAUGUACUCAUUUUUCUUCUAUUAACACCUGCAAUUGCAAGGUAUGCCAAAACAGGGUGCAGUGAUAAGUGCGGGAACGUAACGAUUCCUUACCCUUUUGGAAUUGGUGCGCAAUGUUCUGUCAAUCAAUGGUACAUCGUUGAUUGCAAAAACUCCACGCCAUAUCUAUCUGCACUCAACCACCUCGAAGUCUUGGGUGUAAACUUGGAAAAUAUAACCGUCACAGUUAGUAUGCCAAGGUUCUCUAACUGCCAGAACCCAUUUCGGAAGAGCAGUCAGACGAGGAGCAUCAAUCUUGGUAGGAGCCCUUUCUUGUUUUCCAAACCACGCAAUAAAUUUGUUUUGGAGGGGUGUGGUAUUGCUAUUAUGAUGAUGGAUAAUGGGAGUGUGGUCACAGGUUGUUCAACAGCUUGUCUCAAUGUUACACCUAGUGAUCGAAACAGUUGUUUUGGUAAUGGUUGUUGCCAAACUGCAAUUCCUCGUUAUCUAAAGUCGUACAGCAUUAACCUUCCCGGCUUGGAAAGGCAAGGGGAGGAUGGAGGUUGUGGGUCUGCCUUCUUGGUGGAUGAAACUUCAUAUCAAGGAAGGUUGUCUGAUCCCUUUAUUUUCAGGAAUAAUACCUCUUAUGUUCCUGUGUCGCUAUUGUGGACUCUAACAGAUUCAGAUUCCGAUCAAGUAACUUGUUGUCAUAACGGAACUGUGCAAAGAGCCACAGUUGAUAUAGUUAAUGGCAGUCGAGUGGAUACAUUGUUAUGCAGCAACCACUAUACACGAUCUUUAGAAGACAAUCCUUAUUUAGAUAAUGGAUGCGAUGACGAAGACCUUGCAUCCACUGCAAUUGCAAAGUACGCCAAGACAGGGUGCAAUGAUAGGUGCGGGAACGUGACGAUUCCAUACCCUUUUGGAAUUGGUGCGGAUUGUUCUCUCAAUCAAUGGUACAUCGUUGAUUGCAACAAGUCUACACCAUAUCUGUCUGCAUUCAGCCACCUAGAAGUCUUGGGGGUAGACUUGGAAGAUCAAAUAAUCACUGUUAGUACGCCAAAAAUCUCUGAUUGCCAAACUCCUCAGAAUAGCAGUCUGACAAUGAGUAUCGAUCUGGGUAAGAGCCCCUUCUUGAUUUCCAAAUCACACAAUAAAUUUGUUUUUGAGGGGUGCGGAACUGCUGCUAUGAUGGAUAAUGGGAGUGUGGUCACAGCUUGUUCAACGGCUUGUCUCAACGUUACACUUAGCGGUGAAACUAGCGAUUGCAUUGGAAUCCAUUGUUGUCAAACCGCAAUUCCUGGUUAUCUCAAGUCUUACAGCAUUAAGCUCACGGGCUCGGAAGAGGAAGAUGGAGCUUGUGGGUCUGCCUUCUUGGUGGAGGAUGAAAGUUCAUAUAACAAACGAAGGUUUUAUGACCGGCCAUUAAUUGUCAGGAGGAAUACCUCUUUUAUUCCGAUAUCACUUAUGUGGACUCUAACAGACUUCGAUCAAGUAACUUGUUGUUCUGAGUCUUCUGACAAAACCCCGACAAGAUUCCUUGUGGAUAUGUAUAAUGGUACUCCCUUGGAUACGUUGAAAUGCAACAUGAGGUAUUCAGAACCCGACCCUUAUUUAGCAGAUGGAUGCAAUUCGAACGUUUACAACGGUUAUGAUCAGCCGGUGUCGGAAGAGUGUAGAAGAUGCAAAGAUAGUGGAGGUUUAUGUGUCAAUAACGACAUAUAUGACCUUGACGGCUUACUUUUGGAGCAUAACUUCACUUGUUAUGAAUAUCCUACUUUUUAUCAUGAUCAAACUCCUUACUAUGAUAAUGAUCAUAAGGACAAAACAUCCUUGGGCUUAAUUCUAGGUGUUAGCAUAAGCAUGGGUGUAUGUUUUCUUGUUGCAAUUAGCUAUGUAUUGUUCACGGUGAUCAAGAAAACAAAAGAAAGGAGGCGGAGAAAGAAAUUUUUUAAACGCAACGGUGGUUUACUUCUAAAGCAACAAGAAGAAACUGACCCGUCUUUUGUUGAUAAAACCAUACUUUUCACAUCAUGUGAGUUGGAGAAAGCCACUGACAGCUUCAAUGAAAAUAGAAUUCUUGGCCGAGGUGGUCAAGGUACAGUGUAUAAAGGGAUGUUGGUAGAUGGAAGGAUUGUGGCAGUCAAGAAAUCAAAGAUAGUUGAUGAAAGCCAAUUAGAGCAGUUCAUCAACGAAGUGGUUAUCCUUUCCCAAGUCAAUCAUAGGAGCGUUGUCAAACUAUUAGGAUGUUGCUUAGAAACAAACGUCCCUCUGCUUGUUUCUGAAUUUAUUCCAAAUGGUACCUUGUAUGAUCUACUUCACAACAGAACUGACGAGCUCCCAAUUUCAUUGAACAUGAGACUACAAAUAGCUACAGAGGUCGCAGGAGCACUUGCUUACUUACAUUCAGCAACAUCCAUUCCAAUAUACCACAGAGAUAUCAAAACAACUAAUAUACUUUUAGAUGACAAAUAUAGGGCCAAAGUUUCUGACUUUGGGACUUCAAGGUUUGUCCCAAUAGACCAAACUCAUUUGACUACCUUAGUCAAAGGGACGUUUGGCUACCUUGAUCCUGAGUAUUUUCAAUCUAGCCAAUUUACCGAAAAGAGUGACGUUUAUAGUUUCGGAGUUGUUUUGCUUGAACUGAUAACCAGAGAAAGACCAAUUUCCUUAACUCGAUUUGGUGAACAUAGAAGUUUGGCUACACACUUCACGUUGGCUUUGGAGGAAGGGCGCGUAAUGUCUAUACUUGAUGCAACAGUGAUUAAAGAGGGUACAAGGGAAGAACUUAUGACCGUAGCUAACUUAGCAAUGCGGUGCUUAAGUAUUAUUGGAAAAUAUAGACCGACAAUGAAAGAGGUAGCCAUGGAGUUGGAAACCAUACGAACUUCUCACAUUCCAUCUACGAUUCAAACAAAUCCCAUCCUGUAUGGGGAGGAAUUAUCAAUGAUAACUGAUGGCGAAUUAUCAUCAGCAUUCUCGAGUGACGAACCAUCAUCAACAUUCUUAAGUUGUAAUGAUAGCAGUAUUCAAUGAUGCAAAAAAAAAAAAAAAAAAAAGCUUGGCUGUUGUGUUUGUUUGUUCAAUUUAUGUUCUCGUGGAAGCAAUGUAUUUUCAUUUUCUAUAUACAAGUACGCAUUUCAUUUUUUUUAA